AUGGGGUGGGGUAGGGGUAGGUAUUGGGUAGGGGUGAGGGUAUGGGUAUGGGUAGGUGUAGGGUUUAAGGGUUGGGGUAGGGGUCGGAGUUGGGAUAGAGUAUCGUAUUGGGUAAGGGUAGGGAGUAGAGGUAGGGGUAGGGGUCAAGCUAGAGGUAGAGGUAAGGGUAGGUAUGAGAGAGUGGGGGUGAAGGUAGUGGUAGGGGUUAGGGUUAGGGUUGGUGUAGGGGUAGGGGUGAAGGAGUGGGGGUGGGAUAGGGGUAGGGGUAAGGGUGGGGUAUGGGUAGUGGUAGAGGUGGGAUUUAGUGUAGGGGUUAGGGUGAGGGUAAUGGUUGGGGUAGGUGUUGAUAGAGGUGGGGGUAAAGGUAAGGGUAGGGGUAGGGGUAAGGUUGGGGGUAGGGCUACGGGUGAGGGCAGGGUGAAGGGCAAGUUUAAGUGUAGGGGUAGAGGUCUAAGUAGGGAUGAGGUAUGGAGUAAGGGUAGGGGUCAAGGUAGGUAUGGGGUAAGGUUAGGGGUUGAGGUAGGGGUUGAGGUAAUGGUAGUUGUGGUGUCAAAGUGGGGGUAG